AUGAACGGCGACCUUACAGUUGCUUAUUCGUAUCACCCUGACAAGAAUGCCAAUAAUCCUGAAGCCUCAGAACUAUUCAAGGAAGUUGCAUAUUCUUACAACAUUCUAUCUGAUCCAGAGAAAAGAAGACAAUAUGAUAAUGCAGGAUUUGAGGCUAUUGAUGCUGAUGGAACAGACAUGGAAAUUGACUUAUCUAACCUUGGAACAGUGAAUACAAUGUUUGCAGCAUUAUUCAGUAAGCUUGGAGUUCCUAUUAACACAACUAUUUCUGCUAAUGUUCUUGAAGAUGCUUUAAGUGGAAAUGUUACAGUCAAACCCCUUCCAUUAGUAUCAUCAGUUAGUGGAAAGCUGCUUUAUUUUGAGCAAGAUAAUGGUGGGGGGUAUAAUCUUGCAUUACAGGUAACACUUUUUUCUUUUCAAGGGCUUGGAUAA